GGAAAGUUGAGCACUGCUCGGAGCCGGGCGGUGGCUGGGGCAGGCGGGAGGGCCAGACCCCGAUUUCCCUGCUGCUCUUCAGGUGGCCUGACGCUGACAGAGGCAAAAAUCUGCUAACUCAGGGGGCAGACUCAACCAGGGCUGCGAGCAGGCCUGGGGAAUGACCCCCCGAUCUCCAACCAGCGCCUUCCACGGCUGCACUGCUGUCUCAAGCUGUCUCUGCCUCUGUGCCUGGCCCUUGCCCUGUCCCUUGAUAGCAUCACCCUUACCUGCCACAUGGGCCCUCUGUCUUCUACCAGGACCAUGCGCCUCUGGGGGCCUCGGAGCCUGGGGGUGGCUCUGGGAGUCUUCAUGACCAUCGGAUUUGCCCUCCAGCUUUGGGGGGGCCAGAAGAGGCUACAAGGCCUACAACUCCGACAGCCCUUGGCCCCAUCCCUGGGAUCAGCUGUUUCAUCCUGCCCACCCCGGCAGCGGCUUGUGUUCCUGAAGACGCAUAAAUCUGGGAGCAGCUCUGUGCUGAACCUGCUUCAUCGCUACGGGGACCGACAUGGGCUGCGCUUUGCCCUCCCUGCCAGAUACCAGUUCGGCUACCCAAGGCUUUUCCAGGCCUCUCGGGUCAAAGGCUACCGCCCUCAGGGUGGAGGCACCAAGCCCCUCUUCCACAUCCUCUGUCAUCACAUGAGGUUCAACCUGAAAGAGGUACUUCAGGUCAUGCCUUCUGACAGCUUCUUCUUUUCCAUUGUCCGAGACCCAGCAGCUCUGGCCCGCUCUGCUUUCUCCUACUAUAAAUCCACCUCAUCCGCCUUCCGCAAGGCACCAUCCUUGGCUGCCUUCCUAGCCAAUCCUCGAGCCUUCUACCGGCCUGGAGCCCGUGGGGACCACUAUGCACGCAACUUACUCUGGUUUGACUUCGGCCUCCCCUUCCCCCCAGAGAUGAAGACCAAGAGAGGGAAUCCUCAUCCCCCCAGAGACCCCAAGUCCCCACAGCUGAAUGUUUUGCCUUCUGGCACUGGCCUGAGAGCCCACCACCCCCUGGAUCCCAGUGCUCUCUUCCAUCCUGCUCCCACAGUUGCUGGUGGUCACAGCCAGACAUCCAGCCCCGCCUCUUUAGGUUUGGGGUCUUCAUCCUUCAUCCAGUGGAGUCUGGCCUGGCUGGACUCUGUCUUUGACCUGGUCUUGGUGGCCGAGUACUUUGAUGAGUCAUUGGUUCUACUGGCAGAUGCCCUUUGCUGGGGUCUAGAUGAUGUGGUGGGCUUCAUGCACAACGCCCAGGCCGGAGGUGAGCAAGGCAGACGUGCAGUCAGCAGUGGUGGACUGACUGAGGACAGGCAGCUGACUGCACGGGCCCGAGCCUGGAACCACCUGGACUGGGCUCUCUACGUUCACUUCAACCACAGUCUGUGGGCACGGAUCAAUCAAUACGGCCAGAGCCGGCUGGAGAGUGCUGUGGCUGAGCUCCGAGCUCGGCGAGAGGCCUUGGCUAAACAUUGUCUAGUGGGAGGUGAGGCUUUAGACCCCAAAUAUAUCACUGACCGUCGAUUCCGCCCUUUCCAGUUUGGGUCAGGUAAGGUUUUGGGCUAUGUACUUCGGAGUGGGCUGAGCCUCCCAGACCAGGAGGAGUGUGAGCGCCUGGCUACCCCUGAGCUACAGUACAAGGACAAGCUUGAUGCCAAGCAGUUUCCCUCAACAGUCUCUCUUCCCCUUAAGACUUCAAGGUUACUCUCCCCCUAGUCAUCAGACUACUAAGUCUUAGCUUAAAAGCAAUGAAGCUACAAGAGCACACACGAUGAGUAUGGGGCAGCCAGAUGCCAUUUCUGUUUCCCUCUGAAAGCAUUUUUAUGCCCUAGCGGAUGAGUGAAACUGCACAGAUGUGGGCACCAAGUCCUCCAGCCUGUGUGGAGGAAUUCCAGUCGUUCAAGUCCUAGCUGUACCCCUCCCCCCAACUUUGCCCCUUCCCCCUUCCCCCCCC